GCCUCCCUGCCCGGGCUCUGGGCUGCCGCCUUCCUUCUCCUCUCUCGGCGCGGCCAUGGCGGCAGCAGCGGGACCGCAGCAGCUGGCCUUAUUCAGCGUUUCAGACAAGACCGGCCUGGUGGGGCUGGCCCAGUGUCUCCGGUCGCUGGGCUUGGCCCUCGUGGCCUCCGGGGGGACGGCCAAAGCCCUUCGGGAUGCAGGCCUGGAUGUCAGAGAUGUUUCUGAUCUCACCGGAUUUCCAGAGAUGCUCGGAGGGCGAGUGAAGACGCUGCACCCUGCAGUCCAUGCCGGCAUCCUGGCUCGUGACACCCCACAAGAUGCUGCUGACAUGAAGAAACAGGAUUUCAGCCUUGUGAGAGUGGUGGUGUGCAAUCUCUACCCCUUUGUCAAGACCGUCGAGUCCUCAAAUGUGACUGUGCAAGAGGCCGUUGAGCAGAUUGACAUAGGCGGAGUGGCUUUGCUGAGAGCAGCUGCGAAGAACCAUGCGCGGGUGACUGUGGUGUGUGACCCGGGAGACUAUGCCCUCGUGGCAAAGGAGAUGAAGGCAUCGAGCAACAGCGACACCACCCUGGAGACCCGCCGGCGGCUGGCCCUCAAGGCCUUCACUCACACGGCUCAGUACGACGCGGCCAUCUCCGACUACUUCCGGAAAGAGUACAGCAAAGGAGUGGCUCAGCUUCCCCUGAGAUAUGGCAUGAACCCUCACCAGACGCCCGCUCAGCUCUACACACUCGGGCCCCAACUCCCCCUUUCAGUGCUCAACGGCUCUCCGGGGUUCAUCAACCUGUGCGAUGCCCUGAACGCCUGGCAGCUGGUGCGGGAACUCAGGCAGGCCCUGGGCAUCCCAGCUGCAACCUCCUUCAAGCACGUCAGUCCAGCAGGUGCGGCUGUGGGAGUGCCACUCAGCGAGGAAGAGGCUCACGUCUGCAUGGUCCAUGACCUGCUCCCCACUCUGACCCCCUUGGCAGCCGCGUACGCCCGGGCAAGAGGGGCUGACAGAAUGUCUUCUUUCGGGGACUUCAUCGCUCUCUCUGACAUCUGUGAUGUCCCCACAGCAAAGAUCAUUUCCCGAGAGGUGUCAGAUGGAGUGGUGGCCCCUGGCUACCAGGAAGAAGCCCUCAAGAUCCUCUCCAAAAAGAAGAAUGGGGGCUACUGUGUCCUCCAGAUGGACCCGGCUUACGAGCCAGAGGAGAACGAGCUCCGCACUCUCUUUGGGCUCCACCUGAUGCAGAAGAGGAACGACGGUGUGAUCAACCGGGCCCUCUUCAAAAACAUUGUUACCAAACACAAAAAUCUGCCCGAGCCAGCCACCCGGGAUCUGAUUGUGGCCAGCAUCGCUGUCAAAUACACACAGUCGAACUCGGUGUGUUACGCCAAGGAUGGGCAGGUGAUCGGCAUUGGGGCGGGGCAGCAGUCCCGAAUCCACUGCACCCGCCUGGCUGGAGACAAGGCCAACCACUGGUGGCUGAGACAUCACCCCCGAGUGCUCUCCAUGAAGUUCAAAAGCGGCGUGAAAAGGGCGGAGAUCUCCAAUGCAAUUGACCAGUACGUCACGGGGACCAUCGGCGAGGAUGAAGAUCUGGCCAAAUGGAAGGCCCUGUUUGAGGAAGUCCCUGCUCUCUUCACGGAGGCAGAGAAGAAGGCGUGGAUUGCAAAGAUGACUGGAGUCUCGCUCAGCUCGGAUGCCUUCUUCCCUUUUAGGGAUAAUGUCGACAGGGCAAAACGGAGUGGCGUCCAGUUCAUCGCUGCCCCUGCUGGUUCGGCCAAUGACCAAGUCGUGAUCGAAGCCUGUGAUGAGCUGGGGAUCACUCUAAUUCACACCAGCCUCCGCCUCUUCCACCACUGAGCGGCUCCGGAGGAGACAUGGCAGGCCUCUCUCUUGGCUAAGAAGAAGCCGCAUCUCCUUCAGCAAGGAUCGAAGAGCUUGGCUGCAGAGGCCUCUUUCCCUCUCAGAGCGGCCUCAUGCUCCUUUUUAGUGAACGUGAAGGCGAAGCUGCUUGUGUCCUGCAAAGGCUGUCUGGAAAUGAAAAAUAAAUACAUCCAAUGGUCCAGUCA